CAGCCCAGAGGCCGGGGUUCACGCCCCGCUGCCGGCGCAGGGAACUACAUUUCCCAGGGCACCCCGAGCUGCUCCUUUGAGGCUUCUUGGCAGGACAGCAAGCAAGACCUAGCGUGCCGACGGGCCGGAGGGCGAUCCUGGGGAGGGGAAAGAUGCCGUCGGCAGUGGGCAGAGGCCUGACAGGUUUUGAGCUACGUCCUCGGAAGGGCCGCUGUGGGCCCCAGGCUACUACAGCCGCGGGUCCGGAGGGGGCCGCCGAGGCUGCAGCGAGGAGCCCCAAACAGCCUGCUGGGGGCUCGCGGUGCUUCGAGGCGGCCUGCUGGUGGGCCCUGCUGGCCCUGGUGACGCUGCUGUCCUUCGCCACCCGCUUCCACCGCCUUGACCAGCCUCCGCACGUAUGUUGGGAUGAGACUCACUUUGGAAAAAUGGGAAGUUACUAUAUCAACCGCACCUUCUUCUUUGACGUGCACCCACCGCUGGGGAAGAUGCUGAUAGGCCUCGCCGGCUACCUGAGUGGAUACGAUGGCACCUUUAUGUUCCAGAAGCCUGGGGACAAGUACGAGCAUCACAGCUACGUGGGAAUGAGAGGAUUCUGCGCCUUCCUCGGCUCCUUGCUGGUCCCCCUCGCCUACCUCACUGUGCUGGAGCUGUCGCAGUCCCUGCCAGCCGCACUGCUUGUGGCUGCGCUGCUCACCUUCGACACAGGAUGCCUCACACUGUCCCAGUACAUCCUCCUUGACCCCAUCUUGAUGUUCUUCAUCAUGGCUGCCAUGCUGAGCAUGGUCAAGUACAACUCCUGUGCUGCCAGGCCCUUCUCUGCCCCCUGGUGGUUCUGGCUCAGCCUGACUGGCAUUAAUCUGGCUGGUGCUUUAGGGGUCAAGUUUGUCGGCCUCUUUAUCAUCCUGCAAGUGGGGUGGAACACCGCAGCAGACCUCUGGCACCUGUUUGGAGACCUCAGUCUUUCACUGGUGACUGUGGGGAAGCACCUGGCAGCCCGCACCCUGUGCCUCGUCGUGCUGCCACUGGCUCUCUACACGGCCGUGUACGCCGCUCACUUCCUGGUGCUGAGCAAGAGCGGUCCCGGCGACGGCUUCUUCAGCUCUGCCUUCCAGGCCCGGCUUUCAGGAAACAGCCUUCACAACGCUUCCAUCCCCGAGUACCUGGCCUACGGCUCCGUGAUCACCGUGAAGAACCUGCAGAUGGCCAUCGGCUACCUCCACUCCCACAGGCACCUGUAUCCUGAGGGUGUUGGCGCCCGGCAGCAGCAGGUCACCACCUAUUUGCACAAGGACUACAACAACCUGUGGAUUGUCAAGAAACAUAAUAUAAACUCAGAUCACCUAGACCCUUCGUUCCCAGUGGAGUUUGUACGACACGGAGACGUCAUUCGACUGGAGCAUAAAGAGACUUCUCGGAACUUGCACAGUCACUAUCAUGAGGCCCCCCUGACCCGGAAGCACUACCAAGUCACUGGCUAUGGCAUAAACGGGACGGGGGACUCAAAUGAUUUCUGGCGGAUCGAGGUUAUAAACAGAAAACACGGAAACCGGGUCAAAGUGCUGAGAAGUCGCAUUCGCUUCAUUCACGCGGUCACAGGUUGUGUCCUGGGCUCCUCGGGAAAGGUUCUGCCCAAGUGGGGCUGGGAGCAGGUGGAAGUCACGUGCAACCCGUACCUGAAGGAAACCCUGAGCUCCGUCUGGAACGUGGAGGACCACAUCAAUCCCAGACUGCCCAACAUCAGCCUGGACGUGCUGCAGCCCAGUUUUCCUGAGGUCUUGCUGGAGUCCCACAUGGUGAUGAUUCGGGGGAACAGUGGCCUCAAACCCAAGGACAAUGAGUUCACAUCUAAGCCCUGGCACUGGCCUGUCAACUACCAGGGCCUGCGCUUCUCAGGGGUCAAUGACACGGACUUCCGCGUGUACCUGCUCGGCAACCCGGUGGUGUGGUGGCUGAACCUGGUGAGCCUCGCCCUCUACCUCCUCUCAGGGAGCGUCGUCGCUGUGGCUGUGCAGAGAGGGGCGCGUCUGCCUGUGGAGGUCGAAGGGCUGACCCAGGUGCUGCUGCGAGGAGGCGGUCAGCUGCUUCUUGGCUGGGCGCUCCACUAUUUCCCGUUCUUCCUGAUGGGCCGGGUCCUCUACUUCCACCACUACUUCCCCGCCAUGCUCUUCUCCAGCAUGCUGACAGCCGUCCUGUGGGACACUCUCCUGCGGCUCUGUGCCUGGAGCCUGGCCCCCUCUCCUCUGGCCGGCAGCAUCCACGGGCUGGGGGUCCUGAGCCUGCUCCUGGGAACGGCCUACAGCUUCUACCUCUUCCACCCUCUGGCUUAUGGGAUGGUGGGCCCCCUCGCCCAGGACCCCCGAAGUCCGAUGGCAGGACUGAGGUGGCUAGAAUCAUGGGACUUUUGAAGCCACUGCAAGGACUCCUGCCUCAGUCCAGGAACUUCCUGGGGGACAGCCAGCUGUGGCACCAGGCCCCGGACCCUCCAGCCUCGGGGGGAGCUGCCGAGGAACCCUGUUGCCUGCUGGGACCACGUUCCAGGAGCAGACCCGGACUUCACCCCGGCACCAGAGGGAGCCGAGGCUCUGCUGCAGGCUGCACCGCUGGCGCUGGCUCAGCCCCGAGGACAGGACCCCUCCGCUCAGGCCCGUUCCGUAGCACAUGCCGCCUAAGAAAGGAUGAGUGUGCAAGCGAGCAGGUGGGAGUGUGAGGGCACAUUCGUCCACACACCUGUGGAGCGUAGACUGUGACUGUGGGCAGCUGAGUGUCACACUAAGAAGUAGUCCAGGGUGACAGUCGUAUUUUCUAGAGUCUUUUUCACACUGGAUUUGGUUUGCAAGGCCCAGCAGCAAUCCUCUGACUUCCAGAGGUCGGCUGAGGGCACCGACCCCACCUUAGACGUCGGCAUGGGAGGGGCAGCUGGGGCAGACAGAGCCGUGCUGCCCUCCUCCACACAAACGAGCAAGUAUGGCUGAGCGCCCCGAGCUGGAGGGUGACCUGUGUGGCUGCCGCCGGGACGUCUGCGUGGCAGCAGGUGGCUGGAUUUCCGGCUGCGGUGUGCACAGGGGACGGGGCUCCCGCACGAGGCAGCCGAGGACCCUCCAGCCCUUGGUUGGCCCUCUUGGCCCUCGGCCCCUCGCCCUGUGAGACUGUCACACGAUGAGAUUGGCAGGAGGAACGGCGUGCUGGGGGCCAGAGGUGGUUUCUCGCUGCCCAUGCUUUCCCUCUGCAUCCGGCGUGGCUGUGACGACAGGACAGAUGUGUCCUCCUGGUGGCUGGGGCGCCCUUGGGCCCCUUGUUGGGCAGCCGAGGCAGAUGUGUGGCAGAGCAGGGGCCUGUGUGGCACCGGUGUCACUCACUCAGUGCUCCCUAUUUUUACUUCUCAAGUCCUCCCCUGCCAAUGCCCCCAUUUACUCCCCUUCAGCCCCCUUCCUGUGUGUCACGGUCUCACCACUCUCUUUCUCCCCGGAGACCCCAAGCACCUAGGAGCACACUAAUGCUUCUUCUCUCUGUCACUCUGAAGUCCAGGCAAGAAGCUCAGAGCUGUUCCUUUCACUCCCUCCCCAAACGAAAGGGAUUAAGAAAACCCUUGGGUCGCAACAGAACCAACCCCAGGCCAGCCCUUCCACCUGCGCCCCCCUCCCAGUGCAUGACGGUGUGUUUAUUUGGUCUCAGAGGACCAGGAUGCUUCGGGGUUAAUGCUGAGUCCCUGCCACACUCCAUCUUCCCUCCUCUGUAGCCCCUACCAACUCUGACAGGGUCAGGGCUCUUUAGAGCAUCGGCAGAGGCGGUUGCCACGGAGACUGGAAACUGAUCCUGGGGACAGGCUGUGCUCCCUACUGGGUGAUGGGGAGGGAAGCUUCUGGUCAUGCGUGGACGUUCAGACCAACCAUCAUUAAUGUUAAUAGAGGAAAUACAGCAAUAUCAAAAGCAAGGCACGUUUGUUAAUUAGAUCUGGGGCCUGGUGACCUCCCUCUCCCAAGGCUGCCGCCCUUUUGACUUCCCCAGCAGGAAGCGCUGCCUCCUGUGUGCUGAGUCUGGACUGCUUGCUUAAUUGCGUUUCUAGAAGCCAAGGAGAGCAGGGAUGGAGAAACCUCUGCUCACCCCUUCCACCCCGGCACUACCCUCCCCUCCUUCCCGGAGGUGGAGUUGGUUUCUUCUGAGCUGGGUCGGGGCAGCCACCUGGUGCCCUCCUGGAGGUAGGUCGCAGGAAUCCGUGCUUGGCCCUGAGCAAAGAACAGUGGUGUGCAGUGACAACCACGAAGUGGCUGGUGUUCCCUUGUGCCUUGUAUUUCCUAAUAGGAACUCUUGGGAAGGGGGGCGUGGCUCUGAAGGAGCCAGAGGGGCAGCCACUCUGAGUGUGGGUGAGGAAGGGGGGAUAUCAGGCAGCUUCCUGCCCAUCUCUCCUGCAAAUGUGGCCACACUGGGGACAAAGGGUUCCUCUGUCUCUUGCACUGCUUUCCGAGGAUGGGAGAAGGACUCUUUCUCCUUGCCCAGACUGGCAGCUACUUCUCUGGGGACAAGGCCCAUGGUUUGAUGCAGCUCUGAGCGCUGAGGUCCUCCUGUUGGAAGAUGCUGGGAAGAGGGGCUGUGAGGGUGGCGCUUUGCCUGCGGCCUCCAGCCCCCCGCCCCCAUCCCAAAUUGGCAGAAACGGACACGUCCCACAGACUUGCCAGCAGAGGAAGAACACAUCUGUUGGUCAGCCCAACCUCCAGCCAGCUUCUUUAUAUUUAAAAAAAAAAAAGUUUCCACGGAUAAUCAGAGGCCAUUUACUUUUGUAAUAAAUAGCUCUUAUUUUGAA